CGCAUAACGCUUACCUUUAGCCAUCUCUGGCCCCAACUUCCGGAACCAUACCUUCUAUGAAGCAGCCGCCAUAUCUCUCUCCUGAAAUUCGCCAGACGUUUCAAGAUGCUCACCUCAGCUCAUCGCUUUCCGUCGGUGAUACGCUCACGAAGUUCGUGUUCACCGUAUCAUCCACCACAGCGAAGUUGAAACACGCCAUGAGGAAGGAUAGUACAGGCAACUUGGUCUCUCAUGUAUCUUCCUCUUCAACUGCAUCCCAGUCGUCCUCGUCGUCGGAUGAGCCGAGCGGUCAGGAAGCUCCGGUGAAACAGGAUCAAGAGCUUACGGAGGAACAGGCUACCGCUAAUUCGUCCGCAGACACUACGAAUAUCACAGGACCCGCGCGUUCUACAUCCCCAGAAGUCAACACGAUUCCGUUCCCCAGUAUCUCAACCAAGACAGAUUCCAAACUCGUAUUGGACAAUGGUUUGGGUCUACGCGAGACGGAGUUGAAGGUCGAAAUCAAAGGAACGCAGUCUAGUUUUCUCCGUACCACCUCAACUACUCAUACAGAAACAUCUUUAACGCAUCGAGAAGCCCCUCACGCCGUCACUUUUCCUGUCGAACCUGUGCCCCCUCCUAGGAUACGCACACGCUCUAGUUCCUUCGUACGACGGAAACCCGGAGAUACUGCCCAGGAGCAAGCUCCAUUACAAGAUCCCUUGGUUGCUGACGCCGAUACCUCUGAUCCUUCAUACGAAGAAUUAGACGUGGCGGCGCCGGAUCUCCCCGCUCCAGAAACCAAUACUUCUUCACGAUGUUUCCACCCUGGCCCUUGUCAUCACGGACCUCUCGACGAUGCCAUGCAAUCCAUGCUGCUCGACCUCUUAACCACAGUCUCGGACGGCGAGGAAGAGGGCGAGGGAGAGAUCGGGGAUCUGUCGUUCACUCCCGGCCAGGCGGAGGGCGAAGAUUUGGAAGACAUGCAGGAGAUAUGGGAUGAAGAGGAGGUAGAUUUUGGCACUGCUCUGUGCGAGUACGGGGAGACUUCCUCUCACGUCAUUGGACCGCUCUGGCGAUUUGAAGCGGAAGAUGGACAGCAAGAGGAUGAAGAGGAGCAGGAAGCGGACAGUGCAGAGGGAAGCGGUGAUGACGGGAGGUUGAGGGUCUCUGCCUUGGUAAAGCGAGAUACUUCGACGAAGGAUGGUGUGCCGACAUACACCAUGGUUUCAAGGCAAGUCUCGCACAAGUGGUCAGGCUUGCUUGCGAUAGUCGAUGAGGAGGUCGAGGAGCCUCAGGUAGAGGGUGAGGCGCCGGACAGAGGUGAUAGUGAGGAUGACGAUGCAGCCUCUAAGAUACAUGAAUUCCCGGAUUCUAAUGGUAGUGAAGAAGCCCCUCGGCUGUAUCGACCUCUCAGUGGGGUGGAUUGGAUGGAGGAGGACGAUGAUCUGCCUGAUUUAUCGGACUUUUGAGUAUAUGAUACUGAUAUCAUCUCUUGUUGUUUGCUUCCCGUAUGAUAGCUUCCCCACAUAAUUAAUUAUUAC